UGCUGCAUAUGGCUGCCCCAUGGCAAAGAAGAGAAAAACUGAAGAGCCAACCUUAGGUGUUCCAGUCAACAAAAGGAAAUCACUGUUAAUGAAGCCUCGUCACUACAGCCCCAGUGUGGAAUGCAAAGAGGAAAAUGAUGACCAAAGUGAGACAGAAGAAGAUUGUCUCUUGGAGACAAAUGGCCACCCCAUUACAGAAGAAAAUCUUGUGAAGCCUACUGAAGGAAUUCUUCAUUCAAAUGGAAAAGAAAGCUUCAACCGAAACAAAGAAAGGUACACCAGCUACCAAGACCUAGUGGUCAAAUCUUUAAUGCACUUGGGAAAAUUAGAGCAAGAUCCUUCCAUACAAACACUAACUGAAAACCUAAAUGACAGUGGUAUUCAGUCAUUAAAAACUGAAAGUGAUGAAGUCGAUGACUGCUUCAUGAUUCAUUCAGCUGAUUGCAAGGCCAAAAUCAAUGAUUCUAACCUACGGUACUGCUCGUCUGAUGACAAUGAAAGUCACUCUGAAAUUGCAGAAAAUGGUUGGGACAGUGGUUCCAACUUCUCAGAAGAAACUCCAGAAAAAUCCCAUGUAGCCCAAACUUACAUUGUAAGUAAUAAUCAACAGGAGCCCUUGGAAGCUCCGGAAAUUAAAACUGAAGUGGAAAAUUUUGUCCCAUGUGAAAAAGUGUGUGAUUCUGAAAUGGAGAUGAGAGAAUCACCAAAUUCUCCCAUGGAAUCCUUGGGGAGUAGAGCUCAAAAUCCACUCCUAGAUGGUGAUGAAGAUGACACUGAGUGCCUGUCUAUAACAACAGAAGAGUCGGUGGACCUGGACAAAACAAAAGGGCACUUGAGUUUGCUGGAGCAGGCCAUAGCUCUGCAGGCAGAGCAAGGCCAUGUGUUUCAUAGCACCUACAAAGAACUGGACAGGUUUCUAUUGGAACAUCUAGCAGGUGAAAGGAGGCACACCAAAGUUAUUGAUGUGGGUGGAAGACAAGCCUUUAACAGCAAACAUUCCCCUAGACCUGAAAAGAGAGAGACUAAAUGUCCCAUUCCUGGAUGUGAUGGCACAGGGCAUGUGACUGGACUCUAUCCACAUCACCGCAGUCUCUCAGGCUGCCCUCAUAAAGUCAGAGUGCCCCUAGAAAUUCUUGCCAUGCAUGAAAAUGUGCUCAAGUGUCCCACUCCUGGAUGCACAGGAAGAGGCCAUGUCAACAGUAAUCGCAACACACAUAGAAGUCUUUCUGGUUGUCCAAUUGCUGCAGCUGAAAAAUUGGCAAUGUCCCAGGAUAAAAAUCAGCUUGACUCUCCCAAAACCGGGCAGUGUCCUGACCAGGUUCACAGAACGAGCCUUGUGAAACAACUUGAGUUAUCUCAGCUCAGUUUCCGAUCAUCACAAAUGGUCACACCUCCCAGAGCUAUAAUGACAAAAGAACAAGAGAAGUUUGGAAAAGUUCCAUUUGAUUAUGCCAGCUUUGAUGCUCAGGUUUUCGGAAAACGCACAAUAGUACCAACAGUACAAGGACCAAACCCCCCUCAGCUUCCUGAAUCAAAGCAUUUUUCAAAUCCAGUGAAACUUUCCAAUCGACUGCCUAGUGCUAGCGCCCACACACAGAGCCCUUGCCGUGCCAGCUCUUAUAGCUACGGUCAAUGUAGUGAAGACACCCACAUGGCAGCAGCUGCUGCUAUCCUGAACCUUUCCACCCGCUGCAGGGAAGCAGCAGAGAUCCUCUCCAACAAACCACAGAGUCUGUCUGCCAAGGUAGCUGAGAUACAAGUGGAUGAAAAUGGCACUUUGGACUUAAGCAUGAAAAAAAAUCGAAUCCUGGACAAGGCCACACCUCUAACUUCACCUCAUAUUUCGAUUCCGACAUCCUCUUCUUCAACAUUCAAAACAAGAAGCCUUUUGGUGAAUGCUGCCUUCUACCAGGCUCUCUGUGAGCAGGAGGGCUGGGACACACCUAUCAACUACAGCAAGACUCAUGGGAAGAAAGAAGAGGAAAAAGAGAAAGACCCAGUGAGCUCUCCAGAAAAGUUAGAGGAAAAAAAAUACCCAGGGGAGGUCUCCAUACCAAGUCCUAAACCCAAGCUCCAUUCCAGAGAACUCAAAAAGGAACUCAUAACAUGUCCAACACCUGGAUGUGAUGGAAGCGGUCAUGUAACAGGAAAUUAUGCAUCACACCGCAGCGUAUCUGGAUGUCCUUUGGCUGAUAAGACACUAAAAUCUCUCAUGGCUGCCAACUCUCAGGAGCUUAAGUGCCCAACCCCUGGUUGUGAUGGUUCAGGACAUGUGACUGGAAAUUAUGCUUCCCAUAGAAGUUUGUCUGGCUGCCCCCGUGCCAGGAAAGGUGGUGUCAAAGUAACUCCUACCAAGGAAGAUAAAGAAGAUCCCGAACUUAAAUGUCCUGUGUUGGGAUGUGAUGGUCAAGGUCACAUAUCAGGUAAAUACACUUCACAUCGUACUGCUUCUGGUUGUCCUCUGGCUGCCAAAAGACAGAAGGAAAAUCCUCUCAAUGGGUCCUCGUUAUCCUGGAAAUUGAACAAACAAGAGCUACCACAUUGUCCCCUGCCAGGCUGCAAUGGACUGGGCCAUGUAAAUAAUGUUUUUGUCACCCAUAGAAGUUUGUCUGGAUGUCCUCUAAAUGCACAAGCCAUAAAAAAGGGCAAGGUCUCAGAAGAACUAAUGACUAUCAAGCUUAAAGCAAGUGGUGGUUUAGAGAGUGAUGAGGAAAUUAGGCAUUUGGAUGAGGAAAUAAAGGAACUGAAUGAAUCCAACCUUAAAAUUGAAGCAGACAUGAUGAAACUCCAGACCCAGAUCACAUCUAUGGAGAGCAAUUUAAAAACAAUAGAAGAAGAAAACAAGCUUAUUGAACAGAACAAUGAGAGCCUGUUGAAGGAGCUGGCUGGCCUGAGCCAAGCCCUCAUCUCAAGUCUUGCCGACAUUCAGCUUCCACAGAUGGGACCAAUCAGUGAGCAGAAUUUCGAAGCAUAUGUAAAUACACUCACAGACAUGUACAGCAAUCUGGAGCGGGACUAUUCCCCGGAAUGCAAAGCUCUGCUGGAAAGUAUCAAACAGGCAGUGAAGGGUAUCCAUGUGUAGGAUGUGAGAGCUGCCGGG